AUGACCUAUGAAAAUAAUAUCGGACAGAACCCAUACUUUUAUAACGCUAUUCAUACCAACAAUAACAAUGAAAGGGAUUAUGCUUUUCAUGUUAGAGAAGAUCUUGAAGUAACAGCGAAGAUAAAGAAAAUAGAAACAGAUGGAGUGUUACUAGAACUACAUGCAACCUUCCAGUCGGGAAUCACUACAAUAAUAGAUGAAGGCAGAAAACAACAUCAAGCUGAGUUAGCAAAGCAAAAACAAGCCGAUGGCUUGGCUCGCUAUAUUCAACAAGAAGAUAGUAUUAUAAAAAGGUGGUAG